UCUCGCGGUUAGUAUCAUAGGCAACCUAAGCAGCACGACAAAGGCUAGACCGUCCCAUUUCACGAGCCUCUCACUUCCGCACUUCUCGUACUUCAAGCGUGCAGUCCCUGAAUUGGGACACAGCCUAAUACGCCUUGGCCGUUGGCCGUUGACCGUCAACCGCGGAAGAAGAGACAAAGAAGAAGUGGCAGCUGGUAUGACAACUUUCUACUUCCCGGUCCUCCCAGCUGGGAAACUUGUUCCGUGUGGGACCACGGGGACUCGGGAUGAGGGGACUGCUAUCGGACGCUUUGGGGAAAUAAAGAGAGGCUCGUCGGUUUAGACCAUGCGGGCAACUUUCAUUCGGAGGCUGGUGAAGUUACUCUGCACUGCCGCUGUGCUGGCCCUGACUGCGCAUAUCCUAGUGAGUUCACUUAGUAAACAGACGCCAGAGCCCAGCCCGCUUCCCCCGGAGCAGUACCGUCUCGUAGACCCUCAGACAUACCGCUACCUCCUCAACCAGCCCGGUGUGUGCAGGCACAGGAGCCCCUUUCUGCUGUUCAUGGUGCCGGUGGGGGCUGAGGACUCUGCGGCACGGGAGGCCAUCAGGAAAACGUGGAGCGCCUCUGGCCGGGACACCCUCACUCUUUUCUAUGUGGGGAUCCCAGAGAGGCCACAGGUGUCAGCCCUCCAGCAGAAACUGGAGGAGGAGAGCAGGCAGCAUGCAGACAUCAUCCAGAUGAACUUUGUGGAUAAUUACCACAAUCUAACAAUCAAAACCAUGAUGAUGAUGAGGUGGCUGGCAAGUUACUGCCCCGGUGCGUCCUACGCCAUGAAGGUGGAUGCAGACAUCUUCGUUAAUGUCUUUUACCUGAUCCAGUGGCUGAGGAACUCCCCCAGGGAGAACUUCAUCACAGGGUCAGUGAUCCAGGAUGGCAGGCCGCGGCGGGAGCCCAGCAGCAAGUGGUACGUGUCAGAGGAGCUAUAUCCCGAGGAGAGCUUCCCCUCCUACGUGUCUGGAGCCGGCUACGUGUUCUCCGCUGACCUGGCAGCCAGGAUCUCCUGGGCCUCCAGGUUUGUGCGGGUCAUCCCUCUGGAGGAUGUCUAUGUGGGCUUGUGCUUGCGGAUGCUGGGUGUCCGGCCUGUGUACGCCUAUAGCCUGCCGUUCUUCAGGAGCCUGUUCGAAAUCAAAAACCUGGAGUACGACAGGUGCACCUUCGCCAAACUGAUCAUUGUUAACGGCUUUAAGGCACCAAAGCUGUUGAGGGUUUGGCAGGACUUUGCCAAAGGCCACAAAAGAUGCUGAUCAUACUUACCUGAUGCCUCGCAGGCAAUUCUAAGGGAGUAAGCCUGCUGCAAAGGAAAGGCGGCCGGCUGACACACGGAGGUUAGGGUGGCAAACGGCAUCAGUUAGUCAGCUGAUCAGUCGAUCAACAGAAAAAUGUCUUCUUGAAAACCUCUAUCCAGUUUAGACUCAUCCUCAUCAGUCUCCUUACUCAAUAGUGAAUAUUUGGGUUGCAGCUAGCCACUAUUUUCAUAAACAGAAUUAUAGCAGAUAUGUUUUCAAAUCUACUAAUAAAAAGAAAAAUGGGAACAUUUUUGUAUUAACAUUGAACUCAAAAGUUGAUCAAGUACUCAUUCAGGCUAAAAAAAAACCCCUUUUGUGACAAUCAGUUAAUCAUUUAAUUCAUUUCUGUGCCAAAAGUUUGGCGGUUCCACCUUGUCGAAUGUGAAACUUUGAUAUUUCUUUUUGUCAUAAAUUACACUAAACUCAGAUGAGUUGCUCAAGAAUGUGAUUGCUGUAGGGAAAGUGAGAAUGAAAAUGGUUUACGUACUUGUUGCCUUAAAUUUUAAAACCGAUGAGGUAAGAAAGUAAGUUGCUCAACUCAGACAUGUUCAGGUUCCAAUCAUGUCAGUAACAUCAAAGAGCAGAUGCGACUGAACACUGAUCAGAAUAAAACCCUGCCAGUGGGUACCGAUCUACCUCCUUGGGCUAAGGAAAGCCACGUUAAGACGCAGCUUUAAACCUUAGCUUCAGUUAGUGAGUCACCCAAGUCAUUUAAAAAUGACUUGCUACCUUUUUUGAUUUGUGAUAUUAUUUUUUCACCCAAAAAAUAAUGAAAGAAUUGAAAAUGUGACAGAAUUUUCUGUUGUUUGACUUACCAGUGGGCUCAACAUGUAUGUUACAGACCCUUCCUUGAGCAAUCAGCAGUUCUAUGAUCCUUGAAAGAAAAUGUGUAUUCACUGCGGUGCUUCAGCUUCUUUUACUGCUCCUAGCCUACGCCAAAGAAGUGCUUUUAUACCAAAGGUUCUUUGAAAGUAUUCUCCAAUUAGUGCCUGAUGGGUUUAGGGUCUAUGUGCAUGUGGAGUCACAAAACCCAGCACAACACAGUACUUUUAUGCUUAGUUUUUGCUUCCUGUUUGAAUUGGCGACAGGAAGUUAUGGUAAGUCGUUCAGUUAAGACUCAUGGAUGCCCCCUCCUCUGAAGGAGUUUGCCCUUUAUAGAGUUCAGAAGGAAAAAACCCAAAACAAAACACAGUAUGUCAAGAGAGCAAAGCUAUACUGACACACAUAUUUCUAAAGCAAAGUGUUUGGUUAUUAGUCAUAUGUUGUCUGAAUUCACAUUUUGUUUUUGUGUGUUUGUCAGAUUUAGAUUAAGAUCAAAUCACGGUCCUCAGACCUGCACCGUGAUGUUUGUUUGUACUGCAGAGAAAAAUACCAAAGAUGCUCCACCAGUUGCUCGUGCACUGCACUUUAAUAUGGGUUUGUUGGAAUGAACAGUUUUUGCAUGAGUCUCGAUGUGUUAAACAAAAAUUUCUAAAUUGCACUGAUUAUUUUACACUGAAAUUAAGCUAUGUGUAUCCUGCAGGUUUUUUUUGUCAGGGUCCUGUUUACUCAUGCGUUGUAGUCAUAGACUACAAACCAACAGGUGGCAGUAGUGACUUGAAGAUGAGAAAUCAGGUUUACUGCUGGUGAUUUAUUGUGAUAACUGUAGGAUGUUGCAGGGACAAAAUGUUACCUGUGAGUCUGUUCAAUAUAAUUUUUCCCUGUCAAACAGGAAGCCUGAUCAUCCCUGUUUACUAUUACUACUGCUGCUCCUUUGGAGAGUUUGCCAACCUUGACAAAUGCUGUUUCUAUUUAGUGUGUAUAAUUUUUAUAUAAAUAAAAGUUUUGGAAAAUGUGGA